AUGCUUUGCAGAGAACGUAGAUCCUGGACCGCAAUGGAAGACCAACUCCUGCGUGACGCAGUACAACGAGAGGAUCCAGACAACCCUAAUCCUUCGAAAUGGCAUGCAAUCGCCAAGCAUGUGCCCAAUAGGACAAACAAAGACUGUCGCAAGAGGUGGUUUGCGAAGAUGGCCUCAGACGUCGUCAAAGGGGGUUGGGCUCCUGAUGAGGACGAGAAGCUGGUGAAGGGGAUCGAGAGGUACGGAACAAGGUGGUCGCUUGUUGCUUCAGUCGUCCAAUCCAGAAACAGUGACCAGUGCGCUAAACGUUGGACGGAUACUCUCAAUCCUGCAAUCGACCGCACCACUUGGUCACCAGACUCUGAUGAGCUCCUGCUGCGAGCGGUCAGUGAGCACGGGAAGGUUUGGACAAAAAUUGUCAAGACUUAUUUCCCUGGCCGUACAGGGUUAUCGGCAAAAAAUAGAUAUAACAGCAUCACCCGAUUCAAUCCUGAGAAUCCUCGAGGUGUGCGGCUGAGAAGAAAAUCUACCGACAGCGAACAGUCCUCAAACACUGAGAGUGUUUCUUCCUCAUCCAGCGCAUCUCCUUCCACCCCCGCCAUUUCCCUUCCGAUGAUGGGACAAUUGCCAGUGCAAUUCACUCUUGAAAGCGCCCAACUCCCAUGCGACUUUGAUGUAUCAGGAUGGCCACCUUCGUCAUCGAUGAUCACGGAGGACAGCCCGCCGGCGCUUUCUUUCGAUCACAGGGCAACCGGCAUCCAGGCGCCUCCUCGUUCGAUUUCCUCACCAGAUAUUUCAUACCAAGGCUUUGACCUCAAUGCACACCAGACGCUCUCCGCAUUUCCAGAUGAAUCGCAAAUGCCUUACUCUUCGUCCCCUCUUUUCCACCACGACUUUUACAAGCAUAUGAUGUCCGACUCGACGCACAUUAUAGAUCAUUCCCAAAUUUAUCAGGCAUCACCGCAGGAAUUAUACCCCUCAUAUUCCCAGCCUCACACUAUCAGCGAGGGUACCCUCGUGGGCAACCACUUUGGGGAUUUCGACGCUUUGCAGAUCCAAGUUGAUCCGAUCACUGAAAUCCAUUGGGACAUCACAAACUCUUCUUUCGACCCCAAACAAUACGUGGGGCAUCGAAUAGAGCCCGAGAGCUCCUAUCCUUUUCUGUUCUGA